AUAUUCCACUCGUUCCAAUCCCGUUCGGCUGCCAACUCCCAUGCCGAUUGCUCGGGCCGUUUCGCAAAUUUAAGUCGUCAGUCACAGUAUCUGCAAAAUGGCCACAAAACAAAUCCUCAGUCUAGUAGCAAACAAACGAAUUGUGCGUCUUAUAAAGAUGCGGGUGGACGACACCAAAAAGUGGCACCGAAUUCGUUGGCCACAUCGACGUUGCUGUCGUUUGAAGGCGAUCAGGAGCCGCUGGUGUCGAAUCGUUUCGACUGUUCAGAUGGCGAUGAUUUGGAGGAGAAUCAGGAGCGAGAGCCGUUUGUCGGUGUUGACAGUGGGAGGAUUGCUGCCGAGUCGACGGGCAGCCCAAAGAUUGAAUUCCGUCGGGUGGUUGAUGAGUACGGUGAUGGUGAUAGCGAUAUUCAUGGAUAUGGCGUGAGCACUUCAGACGAAUGUGGCGGAGGGCAUUCCCAUCUGAACUUCUUGACAACGUCAAACAAGAAGUUGAAUUUUUCAUCGUGUCUCCUACUGGUCGGACUGAGUACGCAUUCAGUGUUCGAAGGAAUCGCGUUGGGUGUACAAGCGGAAAACAAAUGUGGACUACUCAAAAUUGAUUACAACAUCGAUCACAAGAUGUAUUUUAUUCGCACCCGGAUUUUGAUCAUUGCGUUGAUCCAUAGUGUGAUACUCGGUGAAUUAACCCGAUCAUCUUCAGUUGAUAAGCGUUCCGUCUUUCAGGUGAAUUCACUGGACUCGCAGUUCUCUCUGCUGAUUCGUUUUGUACUGGAAGGUUUAGCGGCUGGAACCUUCAUAUAUGUGGCAUGUGUGCAGAUGUUGAGCGCAGAAUUGAGUGCAAAUCAUGCACAUUCUCACCAACCGCAAUCUGCAAAGUGUCGCGAUAGCUUUGCGCUCGAUGAGAGGCACUCGCCGCAUCCACAAACCGAUAUGCAUAUUCGAAAAGCAUUGGCCGUUAUCAUGGGUGUUUGUGUGUUCUUUGUCCUAAGCGUUGUUUUUGGACGGCACCAUGCAAUGGCUAGCAUCAAUAAGCAUAGUGGUUUAAGUACAAAUAGUCACUGA